AUGUAUCGGAGCCUGCUCCUCACCGUCCUGUGUGGAUUUGCAGUGGCCAACAUUACUUCACAACUCGAUGGACACUGGGAGCUAUGGAAGCAGAUCCAUAAAAAAGUGUAUUCCCAUGAGAUUGAAGAGUUGGGUCGCAGGCAGGUUUGGGAACAGAACCUGGAAAUGAUUAACAUCCAUAACCUGGAGGCUUCUCUGGGUUUGCACACCUACGAACUGGCGAUGAAUCACAUGGGAGACCUGACCAGUAAGGAGAUCACAGAUACACUAACUGGCACCAUAGUGCCCUCUGACCUGAAGAGGGACUCCUCUGACUUCAUCGAGUUAAGUGCUUCUAUACCGAAAUCACUGGACUGGAGGGAAAAAGGCCUUGUGACGGAGGUGAAAAUGCAGGGUUCCUGUGGUUCUUGCUGGGCCUUCAGUGCAGUCGGAGCUCUGGAAGGGCAACUCAAGAAGUCCACAGGUGUCCUGAUGUCCCUCAGUCCUCAGAAUCUGGUCGACUGCUCUGUGAAAUAUGGCAACCAAGGGUGCAACGGUGGCUUUAUGACUAAUGCCUUCCAGUACGUCAUCAAAAACCAGGGCAUUGAUUCUGAAGCCGCCUACCCCUAUGUCGGCCGACAAGGCCGGUGCAUGUAUGACCUAAAUGGUCGCGCUGCUAACUGCUCCAGCUUUGUGUUGCUACCAGAGGGGAAUGAGCUUCAGCUACAAGCAGCUAUGGCUGAAAUCGGCCCCAUCUCUGUUGCCAUCGAUGCUUCCAGGUCGAAAUUUGUCUUCUACCGUCACGGUGUGUACAUUGACCACAGAUGCUCUCGCAAUGUGAACCAUGGAGUGCUGGCUGUGGGCUACGGCACAGAGGGAGGACAUGACUACUGGCUGGUUAAAAACAGUUGGGGCGUGAACUACGGAGAGGAAGGCUACAUCAAGAUGGCUCGGAACAGACACAACCAGUGUGGCAUCGCUCGCUACGCUUGUUACCCCGUCAUGUGA